AUGAGCUUGCAAACAGGGGCAGAAGAUAAGAUCCAAAACCUCGAAGCUCUACUUGGCUUAUAUCCAUUCGAUAAAGAACCAGAAAACACACGUGAAUUAGAAAAUGAAAGAUUCGAUAAGCUAGAGCAGCUCCUUCCAAGCGUUCUUUCUCCAGAUUACUCUGAAAGGAAUCACGAAUACACAAUCAAUUCAAGUCAAUAUAAAGAUGCUAUCAAGAGUAUUACAGACAACCUUAAAUCACAUGUUGAUAACUUAAAAGGUCAAUUUGAAAGAUCUACAAUCUGCCCAGAUUACCAAGAACAAGGUUUCAACUUGGAUGAUCUCUACGCAAGGGCCAUCCAAAACGUUCCAGGAUUCGUCAUUUAUUCUAAAGAGAAAGGAAACUUAAAUGAUUUUCUUAACGCGGUUAAAACAAAUUAUACAGUUUUAAUUCCACCAGGCGACUACGUUGCUUCCCUCAAGCUCAGACGCCAAAUUAACUUAAUUGGUUUAGAAAAUGCAGGAAAGGUCCAAAUUAUAGCUCCAAAGCUCAUGAACGCCAUUACAUGCGCUGCUCCAGGUGGCAUGAUCCAAGGAAUUACAUUCCAGACAGCAGAACCUUCAGUUUACCCAACAGUUGAAGUUGUUGAUGGAAAUAUUAAAAUUUUCCGUUGUACUAUUAUCGGAUCGAAAGGUGCUGCAGUCAAAGUUUCAAACCUCGCAUGCGCCAGCUUCUUUAACUGCACAAUUCGUGAAUCCGAAGAGUACGUCUUAAAUAUUACAGAUUUCGCAAUGGCCAAAUGCUACAACACAGAGAUUAGCAAUGGCUUAAAAUCCAGUAUUGGUUUGUUCUCUAAUUCCGCCUCUUUCUUCAAUAAAUGCAGGAUUUCCUCAUCUCAUGACGGCGUCAUCAUUCAGAAUUCAGCUUCAGCCAUUUUCCGCGAAACAGAAAUUUACAACCACUCAAAGUGUGGUCUCGUCAUUAGUUCUAACUCUACAUUCAUCAAACUUGAUCAAUGCGAAAUAUCCGAAAACAGCAAACUCGUCGCCGAUAAGGAGCCUGGUGCUGCAAUUUAUACCAACAAGCGCGCUGCUAUUACGAUUCAAGAUUGCAAAUUUAAAUCCAAUAAAUGUUGCAUUCUUUCUACAAGCCAAUCCGUUGUAUCAUCGAAGUCGAACAAAUUCGAAGAUGCUCCGGAUUCCAGCGUUAUUGAUCUCAGAAACGAAUCAAAGAUGAUUUCCGAGUCGGAUUUCUUCUCCGGACAAUGCAAGAACUGCAUCCAUGCAUGCGAUUAUGCCACAUUAGAAGCAACCCAAGCAAAAUUCUUCUCUUUGGUCCAAGGCGGCUCAGAUAUCCUUUACUUCCACGAAUCUGCCAAUUUAAUACUCAACCAGUGUAUAUUCGACCAAAUUGGCACUAGAUGCAUUACGAUAGCCGACAAAGUCAACUCAAUUAUCAAGGAAACUACAUUUACUGCUGUCAAAUUGGCCAUUCAAUUCAAAGGAGAGGCCACGGCUACAGUAGAAAACUGCAAAUUCCAGAACCUUAACACCAGUAUUCAAUUCAAUGUUGCUUCCGGCCAAAUUUGCAUUUCCGAUUGCGAUUUCCUCGGAAACAACGAAUACUGCAUCCACAUCAUCAGCAGUCCAAAGCCACAUAUCAAGAACUGCAAUUUCGUUGGAAAGGAGCAACACGAGAAAUCAUCCAAUCAGAAGAACAACAAAUUCGUUGCUCUUCGUAUCCUCGAACCAUCAUCAGAGCCAAUAAUUGAGAAUUGCAAGUUCAAUGGCUACACGUAUGGUACAGUCAUCACAAAUGGCAGUCAUCCAAUAUUAAAGUCAUGUGAAUUCUCCAACUGUUCCAUUUCAGCCGAUAUUGACAAUUCAUCACCAAGUUUCGACAGCUGCAAGUUCUACAUCAUCAUGCUUGAUGGCAUCAGAAUUACCAAUGCAAGUAAUUCCUCAUUCACUAACUGUACAAUUGAAGCUGUUCGUAACACAGGAAUUCUUAUUGAUGCAAAAGAUCAAAAAGGUUCAUCACCUCGCUUCUCACGAUGUAACAUCUUUUCAGCAUCAAUGGGUGUUGAUGCUAAGAACGAAGCAUCACCAAUAUUUGAUGGCUGCACAUUCUCAAAUAACAGAAAAGUAUCUGUUAUUUUUAGCAAUGCUAUUGGUAUGCUCAACGAAUGCGUUUUCCAAGAUUCAAUUACAGGCAUUGCAAUUGCUGUUGAUAAGAAAGCUACAACACAUAUUAAGAAGUGCAAGGUUAAUGAUCAAACAGUUGGUGUUUUCAUUAAAGAUGGUAAUUGUACAAUCGAUGAAUCAGAAAUCUAUAAAUGCAAGACAGGUGUAAGACUUGAAUUACCACCUGAUACAUCAUUUAUUCCACAGAUAAUUAACAACCAGAUCCAUCAUAUUUAUAAUGAAGCUGUUUUGCUCAUUUCUGGUAAAUGCGCAAUCAAAGGAAAUGAAAUUUCUGAUUGUUCGAAUGGUAUCAUUGUUGUUAACAAGUAUUACGAGAUGAACAAAGACAGUAUCCAAGAUAAUAACUUCUCUAAUGUCAAAGGCCAGAAUCUCAAGGUCAUGACACCGAAAGAGAAGAAAGAAGCACAAGCAAAUGAUCCUUCAAAGGGAACGAACUCAGGAAAAUUACAACAAGGAACAAAUUCAGGACAAACAUUGACUCCUGGUUUGCAAUCAUUUCCUACUGCAGGAAACCAAACUACACUCAAAUCAUUGCCUCCAGGUGCAGGACAACCAGGAGCAGUGCCAAAGAUUGGCUCACAAGCAUAUGCUGCUUUUCCACCUCCUGGAACUGCUGCUACUAGUUCAGCUGCUUCAGGACAAACAACAGCACAGGCACAAAUACAAUCACAAUAUCCUGGAUACGCAGCGAAUACAUUACGUCCAGGAAUGUUCCAGACACAAGUUGGCGGCGCUGUUAAUCCUGCAUAUGCAAGAACACAAACAUCUCCUGGUGGAAUGAAUACAGGAACUGCAGCAUUCGCUUCAAUGAACCCUGCAAUGACAGGACAAUCUCCUUACGCGACAAACUACAAACCUGCUGGAGGAUUUACAAUGCAACCACCUGCAUACGCAACAAAUGCAACGAUGAUGCCAGGUGGACAAUUCCAGAAAUCCGCACAGGUACAACAAGGUAAUUCCGCUUAUGCAUCUGCUACUCCUUACACACAGAGACCAGCACAAAGUCCAGCUUACGCAACACAGACUAGUCAAUAUCAGAAUUAUAAUCAGUCAAGACAAGGACAGAUGUAUCCUCAAGCAGCAGCAAAUCAACAAUACCAAGUGUACCAGCAACAACAACAACAACAACAAUCACAAUAUGCACAACAACAAUAUUCACAACAACAAUCACAAUAUGCACAACAACAAGGACAACAAUAUUCACAACAACAGUAUUCACAACCACAAUAUCCACAACAAUUUGCACAACAACAGUAUCCACAACAAUAUGCACAGCAACAACAAAAUCAACAGGUCUACCAGCAGCAUUUGAAGCAGCAAAUGCAACAGUACGCGCCGCAAAAUACUUAUAACUCAGCUCAACAAAAGAGACCUGAUACAAUGGGUCCAAGGUAA